AUGCGAGCGGUAUUGGUAAGUUGCGAAGACGACUAUGGAGAAUCGUGGUUAUAUUUUAUAGACGAAAAGAAUGGCACCACACAUGUUAUGAAUUUUUCUCUGCCCGUGGAUAACAGGGGCUUCAUUCUGGGCCAAGCUUACUUUUAUUUAUAUACUAGGCAAAAUAUGGACGAAGCCGAAGAGUUGAUCUUACCUAAAAAUGGCUCAAUUACCAGCAAAUAUUUCAACGAAUCUAACGAUAUCAAGGCAGUUACACACGGCUGGCUAUCCGAUAGCAAAACAGAUUGGAUGCAAGGCAUAAGAAGGAGGUUUUUGGAUACAUCAGAUUGUAACGUUAUUCUCGUGGAUUGGGGCGAGUUGGCUGAUAAUCCUAUAUAUCCUUGGUCUGCGCUGUGCACCAGAUAUGUUGGUAGACAACUGAGCAAGAUACUCGGUUCCCUCGGCGAGUCCUACGCGAUUCAAGACAGGCACAUACACUUAGCGGGCCACAGCCUUGGAGCUCACGUUAUGGGAUAUGCUGGGAUGUUUUCAGGAGGAAGAGUGAACAGAAUAACGGGUCUAGACCCCGCCCGGCCUCUGUUCGAGUUCCCGGACGUGGGUCCCGGUUUCCGCCUGGACGAGACAGACGCGGCCUUCGUGGACAUCAUCCACAGCUGCUGCGGCACCCUGGGCUACAAGCACAGUCAUGGACACGCAGACUUUUACCCCAACGGCGGAUCCUCGCCACAGCCCGGCUGCGAGGGUACGGACUUGGCGGCUUUGAGAUCGGAUCCCUGCAGCCACGGGCGCUCUUACGAAUUUUUCUCGGAAUCUAUAUUCCCUACCACCAAAUUCCGAGCAUAUCCGUGUGACAACUGGAAGGCAUAUGAAAACGGGCGGUGUUCAAACGGCGAAGUCUACAUGGGGGUGCCCGCCAAUAUUUCGGAUGAAGGAAACUUCUAUCUGCGCACCAAUAAUGAAUCUUUAUAUGCGAUAUAG